AUGAAAUCAAUAACAAAUCUGCAUAUCGAAACGUCUGAUCGUCAUAUGAAUUUCGAUUCAAUCAAACGACUUAUUCAUUGUUGUCAUUCAUCUCUUCAACAUAUUACACUCAUUGCCUACGAUAUUUAUGGAUUCAAUGGACAAACUUUGGAGAAAUUAUUUCAGAUUUGUAAGAAGCUCAAGAAAUUCGAUUUUCUCAUUGAAUAUUAUCAUCAUGAGAACGUCAAUAUGACCGAACAAUUGCAUUACUUUCAAAGUAAUUGGUGGCUUGAUGAUUGUCGACCACCAGUCCUUGUUUAUCGUGAUGAUCAUAACUAUAGUAUUAUGGCUUCAAUGCCUUGUUUAUCUUCGCUGCACUCUCUAAGUUUAUCUAUUAAUCCAGACAUGUGGCCAUUGAAUAAAGGACAUUUCGAUUCAGUACAAAUUUACUUUAGCCAUGUGACUUCAGUUUAUUUCAUCAACAACAAUCAACAACCUGUUCUUCUCGAUUUUUUGUAUUUGAUUAGUCAAGUUUUUCGUUCUCGUGUCGAAUAUUUAGAAUUCAAAUACUGGGGAUUCAAGUAUCCACGUACACUUUAUGAACUACUGAUUAAUGCAACAGAAAUGGCUCCAUGUUUACCAAGUAUAAGACAUUUAAAAACGAGUUCGUCAGAUUGGAAUGGAUUGAAUGGAAUGACAUUAGUUAUUUGGUUGUUGUUGGCAUCCAAUAUUAGAGCAUUGUAUUUGCCAGAAAUGAAUAAUGCUGAUAAAUUACAACUAGGAGAAGAACUAAGUGCAUUGUUUACGAUUGAUCCACGUUUGAAAACGAUUUCAAAUCGGAUUGAACGAGUAGCUAUUAAUUGGUCUUUUGAUCAGAAUGGUGAUCGAACGAAGCCAGAAAUUUUCGAUCUCUUUGCACAAAUUUUUCCUAAAGCUAUCAUUUGUAAUGUGUAA